AUGUUAGCCGUGGGGCAGAUGGAGGCUAACCGCCCGCCGGGCGCCUUCGUGCUGAGCAGCGCCCCGCUGGCGGCGCUGCACAACAUGGCCGAGAUGAAGACGUCGCUCUUCCCCUACGCCCUGCAGAGCCCGGCCGGCUUCAAGGCACCCUCGCUGGGCGGACUCAACGCGCAGAUCCCGCUGGGGACCCCGCACGGCAUCAGCGACAUCCUGGGCAGGCCCGUGGCCGCCGCCGCCGCCGCCAGCAGCCUCCUCACGGGCCUGCCUCGGCUCAACGGGCUGGCCGGAGCCGCCGCGGCCGGGAUGUACUUCAACCCGGCGGCCGUGUCCCGGUACCCGAAGCCCCUGGCCGAGCUGCCCGGCAGGCCGCCCAUCUUCUGGCCCGGAGUCAUGCAGGGGGCGCCCUGGAGGGACCCCCGGCUCGCCUGUCCCGCCCAGGCUGGGAUGGUUUUGGACAAGGACGGCAAGAAGAAACACUCGCGGCCGACUUUCUCUGGGCAGCAAAUCUUCGCUUUGGAGAAAACCUUCGAGCAAACCAAGUACUUGGCAGGACCCGAGAGAGCCCGCCUCGCCUACUCGCUGGGAAUGACGGAGAGUCAAGUCAAGGUGUGGUUCCAGAACCGGAGGACGAAGUGGAGGAAGCGGCAUGCGGCGGAGAUGGCGUCGGCCAAGAAGAAGCACGACUCGGAGACGGAGAAGUUGAAGGAGAGCUCGGAGAACGAGGACGACGACGAGUACAACAAGCCUCUCGACCCCAACUCGGACGACGAGAAGAUCACGCGGCUCCUCAAGAAGCACAAGGCGGCCGCUGCAGCUGCCGCCGCCGCCGCGGUGUCGUCGGGCCCGCUGGCCCUGCUCAGCCCCUGCAGCAACGCCUCGGAGCCGUCGUGA